CUUCCAGGAACUAGCUAUCAUUUAUUAUUGCAUGUGGUAGACCUCUACAAGAAACUGUAAUUUAUAGCUAAUCUAGUGAGCAUUGUUUGUCUCACUGAAUAGACAGUUAAUCAGUAACUAGAUCUAGCUGCUAAAAUGAGACACAGAAUUGCUACUCUGAUCCUGACAAUAAUCGUAAUCACAUUUGUUCACAAGAAAGCAUCCUGCAAUACCCAAAUCACAGAUGUGACCCCAUCAAGUGCUGGCAAUAGAUUUGUGGUCGGUUUCCCCAUAAAUUUUGCUGAAGCAGAACAGUUGUUCUUAUUCAUCACAAACCCAGAGUCAAGUGCUGUUAGCUUCACAGUCACUCCAAUUGAUUUUAGCGGUAGUGUUUCAGCAUCUUCUGCUACUGUAAACAUCCCAUCCAGUUUUGAAGUUGUAUCUAUUAAUGAAAGGGACAAGGGGAUCCUUGUUGAAGCUAACGGAAACAUCAAUGUGUAUGGGCUGUCUUAUGAUUCAGGUUCUGCAGAUGCCUAUUUAGCAUUACCAUGUACUGUAAUGGCAGUGGAUGAAUACGAAUAUUAUGGAAUCUCCUAUGGAACCUUUUGUAGUAUUAUUUUGGUGGUGGCUUGUGAAAAUGAAACUGUUAUCAAAUUCAAUUCCUCAACAAUAACACUCAAUAGUAUGGAAACCUAUCAGAUGGAAAGUAGUGAUAAUGAUCUCACAGGAACAAGAAUAACAAGCUCCAAACCUUUGUCUGUAUUUAGCGGACAUGAUUGUGCUAAUAUUCCUCAAGGUAACCAAGCUUGUGAUCACCUGGUUGAACAAGUGCCUCCGACUGUGACAUGGGGCUCAAAAUUCUUCGUAGCAUCUCUUGAGGGUAGAUCUUCUGGUGAACGUAUUCGUGUUCUUAGUGCCCGAGCAGCAAGUGUAGCUGUGAAUUGCAACACUAACGUAUCAGUCAGUGAAUUCCAGUUACAGAGUGGAGGGAGCUACAGAGAAUUUGAAAUACUUAUUAACAGUUUCUGUAGCAUUGAAUCCACUUCACCAGUACUGGUCGCACAGUAUGCAUAUGGUGGUGAGAGUGAUGGCGUGGGAGACCCAUUCAUGAUGAUAAUCCCUCCAAUUGAGCAGUUUACAAAUAACUAUUUAGUUGAGAGUUUCACUAAUUUCAUAUCCAACCAUGUCACGGUGUAUGUUUCUUUUGAGUUUUUUCAAACUGCACAAAUAUUUUUAGACAAUUCCAUUGUUACUGACUGGAGGAAUGUUGUCUGUGCAAGUGGAGAGAUUUGUGGCCAUAUAAGUAGAACAAAUGUGUCUACUGGAGCUCAUUCUGUCCGCCAUCAAAACAGCUCAGCUGUUCUAGGUGUUUCAGUGUAUGGAUUCGAUAUAGACAAUUCUUAUGGCUACCCUGGAGGGAUGAGAUUAUCUCCCAUACAUUGCAACUGUGGUCAAAAUUCUAUUUGUUUGAAUAACAUGGGACAGUUUAACUGUAGCUGUUUGAUUGGAUUUGGUGCUAAAUUGACUGGAACUGAUGGAUUCACCUGUAAUGCCAUAAGUUGUCCUCUCUCGACUGCUCCUACCAAUGGCUCCGUGACAUACAGUGCCACUGCUGAUGAAAACGACACCUAUGCCUUUGAUGUGGUAGUUACUUACAGCUGUUUCGUUGGAUUUUCUCUUGUCGGGGACAAUACAAGAACUUGCACUGGAGAUGGCAGUAGCACUACUGGUGCAUUUAGUGGAAUUGAUCCAACUUGUGAACCCAUAACCUGUUCUCCUUUGAUGAGCCCAACCAAUGGCACUGUGUCUUAUGGCGGAGUUGCUACUGAUGUAAAUGGCAACUUUACGUUCAAUGUAAUAGCUACCUACAGUUGUGAGACUGGGUUUGCUCUGGUUGAUAACAGCUCAAGGAUUUGCACCGGAGAUGGGAUGAGUGUCAAUGGUGACUUUAAUGGAACAGCUCCAACUUGUGACCCUAUAACCUGUCCUGCUGUGGCAGCGCUGAGUAGUGGCAGUAUUGACUUUAGUGGAGCCUCAUCUGAUGGAAACAGCAACUAUGCCUUUGAUGUGGUAGCUAAUUACAAUUGUGAUAAUGGAUUUUCUCUGGUUGGUAAUAGCUCGAGAACGUGUACUGGAGAUGGCAGUAGCACUACUGGUGUUUUUGAUGGUAUAGCUCCAAUAUGUGCAGCUAUAACAUGCCCACCACUUUCCAAUCUAACCAACGGCUCUCUGUCUUAUUCGAAUGUGCCUGGUCAAAACAACAGCUAUGCUUUCAAUGUCGAUGUUACAUACAGUUGUGACACUGGGUUUGCUCUGGUGGGUAACAACACAAGGACUUGCACUGGAGAUGGAAGUAGCACCACUGGUUCUUUUGAUGGAGAAGCACCAACUUGUGAAGUCAUUACCUGCCCUCCCUUGAGUGAUCCUUCCAAUGGCUCUGUGGUUCAUAACAUUGAUUUAGAGUUUGGAUCGCAAGCUAUCUACAACUGUAACACUGGGUUUUUUCUAGUUGGUAAUACGAUCAGGACUUGUACUGGAGACGGCAGUAACACUACCGGUUAUUUUGAUGGAGAAGCACCAACUUGUGAAGAUGUGACUCUAUCAAGUUCUGGCAACACAUAUGUGGUCGGUUUCCCCAGAAAUUUUGCUGAUGCAGAACAGUUGUUCUUAUUCAUUACAAACCCAGAGUCAAGUGCUGUUAGUUUCCUAGUCACUCCAAUCAAUUUUAGCUGUAGCGUUUCGACAUCUUCAACUACUGUAAACAUCCCAUCAAGUUUUGAAGUUGUAUCUGUCGAUGAAAGGAACAAGGGGAUCCUUGUUGAAGCUAACGGAAACGUCCGUGUGUAUGGGCUGUCUUAUGAUUCGGGUUCUGCAGAUGCCUAUUUAGCAUUACCCUGUACUGUAAUGGCGGUGGAUGAAUACGAAUAUUAUGGAAUCUCCUAUGGAACCUUUUGUAGUAUUAUUUUGGUGGUGGCUUGUGAAAAUGAAACUGUUGUCAAAUUCAAUAAUUCUGUAACAAUAACACUCAAUAGUUUGGAAACGUAUCAGUUUGAAAGUAGUAGUCAGGAUCUCACAGGAACAAGAAUAACUAGCUCUAAACCUUUGUCUGUAUUUAGCGGACAUGAUUGUGCUGCGGUUCCUCAAGAUAUUAACUUCUGUGACCACCUGGUUGAACAAGUGCCUCCGACUGUGACAUGGGGCUCAAAAUUCUUUGUAGCAUCUCUUGAGGGUAGAUCUUCUGGUGAACGUAUUCGUGUUCUUAGUGCCCGAGCAGCAAGUGUAGCUGUGAAUUGCAACACUAACGUAUCAGUCAGUGAAUUCCAGUUACAGAGUGGAGGGAGCUAUCGAGAAUUUGAAAUACUUAUUAACAGUUUCUGUAGCAUUGAAUCCACUUCACCAGUACUGGUCGCACAGUAUGCAUAUGGUGGUGAGAGUGAUGGCGUGGGAGACCCAUUCAUGAUGAUAAUCCCUCCAAUUGAGCAGUUUACAAAUAACUAUUUAGUUGAGAGUUUCACUAAUUUCAUAUCCAACCAUGUCACGGUGUAUGUUUCUUUUGAGUUUUUUCAAACUGCACAAAUAUUUUUAGACAAUUCCAUUGUUACUGACUGGAGGAAUGUUGUCUGUGCAAGUGGAGAGAUUUGUGGCCACAUAAGUAGAACAAAUGUGUCUACUGGAGCUCAUUCUGUCCGCCAUCAAAACAGCUCAGCUGUUCUAGGUGUUUCAGUGUAUGGAUUCGGUAUAGACAAUUCUUAUGGCUACCCUGGAGGGAUGAGAUUAUCUCCCAUACAUUGCAACUGUGGUCAAAAUUCUAUUUGUUUGAAUAACAUGGGACAGUUUAACUGUAGCUGCUUGAUUGGGUUUGGUGCUAAAUUGACUGGAACUGAUGGAUUCACCUGUAAUGCCAUAACUUGUCCUCUCUCGACUGCUCCUACCAAUGGCUCUGUGACAUACAGUGCCACUGCUGAUGAAAACGACACAUAUGCCUUUGAUGUGGUAGUUACUUACAGCUGUUUCGUUGGAUUUUUUCUUGUCGGGGACAAUACAAGAACUUGCACUGGAGAUGGCAGUAGCACUACUGGUGCAUUUAGUGGAAUUGAUCCAACUUGUGAACCCAUAACCUGUUCUCCUUUGAUGAGCCCAACCAAUGGCACUGUGUCUUACGGUGGAGUUGCUACUGAUGUAAAUGGCAACUUUACGUUCAAUGUAAUGGCUACCUACAGUUGUAACACUGGGUUUGCUCUGGUUGAUAACAGCUCAAGGAUUUGCACUGGAGGUGGGAUGAGUGUCAAUGGUGGUUUUAAUGGAACAGCUCCAACAUGUGACCCUAUAACCUGCCCUGCUGUGGCAGCGCCGAGUAGUGGCAGUAUUGAUUUUGGUGGAGCCUCAUCUGAUGGAAACAGCAACUAUGCCUUUGAUGUGGUAGCUAAUUACAAUUGUGAUAAUGGAUUUUCUCUGGUUGGUAAUAGCUCGAGGACGUGUACUGGACUUGGCAGUAGCACUGCUGGUGCUUUUGAUGGAGCAGCUCCAUCUUGUGAACCCAUAACUUGCCCUGGAGUGCUCAUACCGAACAACGGCAAUAUUGACUUUGGUGGAGCCUCACGUGAUGAAAAUGGCACAUAUAUUUUUGCUGUGGUGGCUACCUACGUAUGUGACACUGGGUUUUAUCUGGUUGGUAACGACUCACGGACUUGCACUGGAGAUGGCAGCAGUAUUAUUGGUACUUUUGAUGGGUCGGCUUCAACUUGUCAGCUUAUCACCUGCCCUCCGUUGACUAUUCCUUCUAAUGGUGCUGUGACAUACAAUUCUACUGCUGAUGAAAACGGCAACUAUGAUUUUUAUGUGAUGGCUACCUACAAUUGUGACACUGGCUUUUUUCUGGUUGGUGACAACUCAACAACUUGCACUGGAAAUGGCAGUAGCAUUACUGGUGCCUUCGAUGGCCUAGUUCCAAUAUGUGAAUCUAUAACAUGCCCACCACUUUCCAAUCUAACCAACGGCUCUCUGUCUUAUUCGAAUGUGCCUGAUCAAAACAACAGCUAUGCUUUCAAUGUAACAGCUACCUACAGAUGCAACUCUGGGUUUGCUCUGGUUGGUAACAAGACAAGGAAUUGCUCUGGAGAUGGCAGUAGUACUACUGGUUCAUUUGAUGCGUCUGCUCCAACUUGCAAAGCAAUAACAUGUUCUCCGAUUGCUGACCCAAUUAAUGGGACUGUAAUCUAUUCUUCUGACGUUGAUGGUUUGGGAAAUUAUGUCUUCAAUGUGACGGCUAACCACAGUUGUGACACUGGCUUUGAUCUGGUUGGUAACAAUCCAAGGACUUGCAGUGGAGAUGGAAGUAGCAUUACCGGUGCAUUUGAUGGAGAGGAUCUGAAAUGUGAAGUUUUAGUUGCCUCUUCUGCAUCACUUAUCCGAGAUGUUGUCAUACCUGUUGUGAGUGUGGUGGCUGUACUAGCUCUAGUUGUACUGGGUGGAGCUGUCUAUGGAUAUAUUCAAGUGAUAAGCCAUCUGUUGAAGUUAAAAAAGUCUGAAACCGGGACUGCUAAACUACUGUAAUCUUUAAUAUGGUUUUCAGUCUGUGCAAAACUAAUAAUUAUCACUGUUAACAGUACGUCAUUUAUAUUUAAGUAGAUAGAGGUCUUUGGGUAUGAAACACCAACUUAUCGUUUAAUUUGUGAUUCUAUAUUCGAAUAAUGCUUUAUACCAA